AUGAGGGGAGAAUCGGUUCUUCCGUUGUAUUCCCGUCAGAAUGGAUCAAGAUCGAAGUUUUGGCUCAAUUAUCGUCGUCUAUUUAAUGUUGGUUGUUGUUCUUUUUUUCACAUUUUUUUAAAUGGCUCAAGUCGGAGAAAAAAAUUAACAAAUUUUUUUAACGAGAGCGGUGGUUUUCUGAAAUUGGCCAGAACGCUCCUUGAUGUAUUAGAAAAAUAUUCUAGAAGUCUCAACCUGCACAAUUUUCUCGUUUUUAAAAAAAGGCGCCUCAAAGCAAGAACCACGAAACUCAUAAAUGGACUAUUUAUAGACUUUAGGCUUUUAUUUCUCAAAAACUAGGAAGUUUUGCAGUUUGAGACUUUCAGGAUCUUCAUUUAAGACAACAAUAAUUUUUUUCUGAUCAAUUUUUCAGAAUAUUCCCAACCGGAAAGUAAAAAAAGACCUUCCCUUUAAGACCCUGAUAGAUUCAGAAAAAUUUUUUAUUUUCUUUAUAAAACAAAGUAGAAAGAGUCGAGAAAACUAUAUGGGACAUCUGCCGUUCAUCGGAUCCAUCGCAAUGACCUCGAUCCGCGUUCUCUAACUAUGCGGAAGGUGCUGCUGUUAUAAAACAUCUUCCGUUCGUUGUAAAGUCUUGCAGUAAAAAAGAACAGCGCGACCUGUUGUUAUUACAGCACGAAUCAUUCUCGUCGAUCUUUACGAUGACCAGAUUUCAGUAUUACCGGUCACGCAGCAAAAUGACUCGUUUGCUUUUUUGGCUCAUGUUACUUUCUUCAAUUUACCUGGUUUCUCUCUUACUGCACAAACAACAAAUUUCGGUGGAUGUGGACGAGAGAAAAAGUGAGUUUUUCCCUUCAACUUUCAAAUUUUGUUUUUUUAAUGGAUGAAUUAUAUCUGGAAAUUUUUUUCAAAGAUGUGAUUCGAAUAAUGAAAAUUACUUACGAGGAAAGUUUUUUUAUCAAAAAAAUUCAACCUGGGGGGCUGAAAAAAACGACCGCUAGUUAGUUUUGUAAGUACCAGUUGAGCCUCCCUUGCAUUUUUUUUUCUUACAAAAAAAGAAGUUACUAGAGUGAAAAUGAAUUUUCGCUGAAAAACCGAUAAAUUUAGCCGUAAAAUGAGAUCUCUUAGCAAUCAAACUUCCAAUCAAAAAAAGUCAGGUGCCUAGUUUUUGAAAAAAUCAUUGUAUAUAAUUCCAAAAACCUUCUAUGCAAUAUUCACAUCUUCCAGGUGACACAAGCAAAAAUAGACGAUGUCCAGAUUGAUGAAGCAGUUGUGGAAUCUAAAAUCGUUCAAUCAUCAGCUCUUAUAUUUGAAGGUAAGUUGGGAUAAUUUUCUUUAAUCCGAUGGAUUCAAGUGGAACCAUAAAUAGUUAUAUUUAACGUGAGAUAUGUAGAAAUUUUCAAUGCAAAUCUUCUUUUUUUCCGAAACUUUGAGAAUAGAAAGUUCCAUAUGUUUAACAUACAUAUUCUACAUAUCCUAUAUUUUAUAUAACAUAUUCUGAUCAGGACCGAAAAACGAGCGCCAACGAGCCGUAGUGAAAGCCUUCCAACACGCCUGGAGUGGUUACAAACUGUACGCUUGGGGACACGACCAGCUCAAACCCGUUUCAAAGGUACUAAUUUACCUGAAAAAAUGAGAUUUGUGUUUUUUUUUUCAAAAUAUAUUUUCCAGAGCUAUUCGGAUUGGUUCGACACUGGCCUCACAAUCGUUGACUCGAUUGACACGGCCAUCAUCAUGGGACUCGAGAAAGGUGAAAUUUUUUUUCAGUUUUUGAAGAACCUCAUUCUUUCAGAAGUUGCCGAAGGAACCGAAUGGAUCCGCGACAAACUUUCUUUCGAACACGAUCGUUUUGUGAAUUUGUUUGAAGUAACGAUCCGCGUUCUCGGAGGUCUUCUAACAUCGUUUCAUCUGACUGGAGAUAAAGUUUUUUUUUACUUCUUGCUAAAAAUAUUUCUUUUGGCUCUCAGCAAAUUGAGAAUUUGGCUAAAAAAGACUCUUGCUGAGAAACUGAGUAAAACACUAAUAUUUCAAUGAACAAAAAGUUUUCGUAAUAUUUUGAACAAGAAGAAAAAUAGGACAUAUUUCAGUACAAAGAUUCUUAAAGAUUGUCUUCCCCCCCAGUAAAUAUUUUUGACGAAACUUCGCUGGAGUGUGAUUUAGGUCCUCCUGAUUGCAGAACAGAAAAAAAUUUCUCGCACUAGAUCUUUCUUCGAGUCAAGAGGCUUUGAAAGCUUGAAAUAGCGCUUUUUUCAAAAUUUGCAUACUUUGCAUACUUUGAAGCUUAAUAACUCAAAAUCAGAUCUAUUGCGAAUGGUUUUUUUUUUGCAAUCAGAGAGGAGAGGCGUAAAAAAAGUUCCCUAGUUAAUUAUAACUUCUCUUCAUUCUCAGAUGUUUGCGGAAAAAAAGCGAAAAGACCUUGGUGAACGUCUUCUACCCGCUUUCACGCAUUCAAAGUCAAAAGUUCCUUUGAGUGAUGUCAACUUGAAAAGAAGGUUUUCUCUUCAAUUUUUGCUUUAUACAUCAUAAAAACUAUUACAGAACUGCGAAACCGCCUCAAUGGAGCUCAGAAUCUUCUCUUUCGGAAAUAACGACGCUUCAACUUGAGUUCCGUGAUUUGUCCAGAAUCACUGGCAACAAAACAUUUGAGGUCGUUUUGUGAUUGAAAAAGUAUUAUCAAGGCUUGAAGUUGCAGAGAAUAGCUUUUGAAGUUUCUGAACACGUUCAUAAACUCGGAUGUGAAGAUCACAAUGGCCUCUGCGGAAUGUACCUCGAUUCAGGAUCUGGAAAGUUCAGGCGUGAGUAAUUCUAAAAAUAUCGAAAGUUCAUUUUGAGCAUUUUUAAAUGAAUAAAUUUUUUCUAACCUAGCUCUCACGAAAAAAUCAUCAAGCAUUUUCAGCUUCUACAACCAUCACUUUCGGAGCAAGAGCCGAUAGUUAUUACGAGUAUUUGUUGAAGCAAUGGGUUCAAACGGGAAAGAAAAUUUACUGGUUAGUUUUUCUAUUUUGUUUAGCCAAAUAAACAAAGUGGAAAAAGGCUCCAAAAAAAUGUUCCUUUUAAGGUGACAAAGGCUCCUUUUUUGGUGCCUUUUUGCGCCAUUUCAUCGGCCCUUUUGCACCAUUUUUGCUGCCUCUCCCUUCUUUCACUAUUCCUUGAGUCAUUGAAGUUCCAGAAAAGUAGAAGGGUCAAGAAAGGGACUUUUUUUGCUGCCUUUCUGCGGCCUUUUUUGAGCCUCUCCCUUUUAGCGGUCACUAUCCACCACUCCGACUUUACCCAAAAAACUUUUUGUUUCAAUUUAUUGCAAUUCAGGUUGAAAGAAGAUUAUGCAAACGCAAUGAAAGCAAUGGAGGAGAAAUUGUGGCGACACUCGGAGCCCAAAAGUCUUUGGUUUGUAGGAGAGUUGAUCAACGGACAGACUUAUUCACCAAAAAUGGUAAUUUAGCCAUGAUUUUCGGAACAUUUUUGCUUUUCAGGACCAUUUGGUCUGUUUCCUAGCCGGUACUCUUGCUCUUGGGAAAAUCAAUGGGUUUCCAGAUUCUCAUCUGGACAUGGCUGAGGUCUUCGACAUUGUUUCGUUUAAUAUUUAUCAUUUUUUUUUUUCAGAAAUUGGCUGAAACCUGUCAAAAUAUGUAUAUAAAUCCAAGCGGGCUCGGUCCAGAAAUAGCUCACUUCAACAUGCUUCCGGGUAGCAAAGAUGAUUUGUACGUCAAGGUGGGAUUUUUUCGUGGUUUUCAUGGAGUUUUACUUUUUUUUCAGCCUCUGGAUGCUCACUGCUUGUUGAGGCCUGAAGCUAUUGAAGCCUGGUUUUACCUAUACCGAAUUACAGGUAUUUUUUUGACAAAUUUUUUCUGUAAAGAGAUAAAUUUCAACUAACACCAAAAAAUUACUUGGUGCUCAAUAAAUUUAAAAAAAUGCUUUUUUUGAGCUCCUCCAAAUGACUUUUGAAAAAAUUGCACGAAAAAUUUGUCAUCAUUUUAUUUAUCGCCCAGCGUAAACUGUUUCUGGUCGGGCACAGAGGUAUUGGAAGGUUUAUUCAGGCUAAGGAACUAUGCAUCAUGAAACAGUAAAACAAUGUUGUCGUGAAAUAAUUAGUAGAUGCCGUCCUUUUUAACUUUUUCAAAUUUGCUCAAGUAGAGCCGUAUCUUUCAAGCUUUUGUCUCAUGUGACCAGAAAAAAAAAAUUAAAAAAAGACCUUUAUGUUUUUCUGCAAGAUUGUACUCGGUUCUUCCAGUUCAAGCUACACAAUUUUUUUAGAAGUUCUAAACACUCAUGAGAGACAUAAAAGCUGAUUCUAGGUGACAAGAAGUAUCAAGAAUGGGGCUGGUCAGCAUUCAAAGCCAUCGAACAACACGCCAGAAUAGCUACUGGCGGUUAUUCCUCAGUGAAUAAUGUGAAGAGACUUCCGGUAACCUACAGGUUUUCCAGAAAAUAUUCAUUAUAUUCGAAAAAUUAUAUAUUUUUCAGGGACCUCAUGGAAUCAUUUUACCUUGCUGAGACGUUGAAAUACUUAUAUUUGUUGUUUGAAGAUGAUCAGAAGACGUUACCUUUCGACCAAUGGGUUUUCAAUACGGAAGCUCAUCCUUUACCCAUUUAUGAUCAUUAA